ACGCGUCUGCGAGACACAUUUAUAAUAUAUCCAGACAUUGUUUGGACGUGUUCAUCUUUCUAAAUUAACAUAAAGUUCAUAUUAAAUUCAUUCAAGCAACUUACUUUCUGCUUUAUUGUAUUAGUAUAUUCAUUGAAGGAUUUUUGACACUCUUUAAUAGUUAAAUUGUUUGUUGCGAAGGUAUUUGGGUUAAAGUGGUUCGUUGAACUUUAAACGGGAUAAAUUGCAAACAUCUAAAAAUAUUGUUGUGACUAACGCUGAUGUGUAAAAUGGUGAAAUGGGUGAUCUCUCAUGAAUUUCCUGUGAGUUUAGUCUAAAUUCUUUUGUGUCCGAACGAGGGCUGGCGACAGAUUGGACUUGAAUUUCUGGCUGGUUGAAGUUGAAGUUUUGUUUAGUAAACAAUGACACGCGGACCAACUAUAGUGAGAGUCGCGCCGGGUGGCAACAGCGGUAGAGGAAUUAAGUGUUGUUGUUGCCGGUGCUGUGAAUGUCUUAACUUCGGAUAUUUGACGUCACAGCAUGGAAUUAUAAAACUAGCUGAAGCUAUGUUGGGUGGUUUAUGUCAGAGUCUUCUGGUUAAGUACGGUUUAUCCGAGGCGAGCAGUAUGGGCUCCGCUUUCCAUGGCUUUUUGACCACGGCCUCCGCGUGCCUGCUGACUACCUCAUUACUUAUCGCCUGCUAUGUCCUGUCUUCGAAUUCCCAACAUCUGAUACGACAAUCCGUAUUUGAGUGGGUAUUCAAUGCUGUGGCCUGCUUCAUGUAUCUGUCUGCGUCCUCGUACAUGGGCGUGGCAGUGAACCUCUACCUUUAUCCUCGGUAUGCCCUCGUUAAUAUGUACGCUGCAUAUCCCGCCAUGACAGCUGUCUACUACAUCGGCGUCGUUGUGGGCAUCGUGCACGGCGUGGACGCUUACAUUUCAUACAAAUACCACAAAGGAAUACGAUAAAUGCAUACGCAGGACUCAUUAUUUGAAUAUCGAACAGAUUUCAUUCCACGUCAUUUAAAUGUCAUUACAUGAAACAAUUUGAAUUUUGUUUAAAUUUUUUUUAAUACAAUUAAUAAAAAAUAAAAUUGACUAUUUAUAUUCAACCCCUUUAAUAAUUUUAUUAUUGACAAUUAGCCUAUUAAUAAUUAUUAAUAAUAGGUAUGCUAAGAAUUUAGAUAAGCAAGUAAUCUUUUGAGGACAAAACAUUUAUAGGAAAUUAUGAUAACGAUAAAGAAACGACUUCUUUGAAUAUUGUUUAAUCAAGUAAUGACAGCAACGAAGUUUUUCACUUUUAGUACCAUGAAUCGAUGAAUAUACUAAAUCUUAUUUAGAUUGCGUAUCUCAAGAUACUUUUAAGAAAAAGGUAGAGUUAGCGAAAUAAAUAUAAUAUCAAAAUAUUAUAACAACUUGAAUUGUUUCUUGAAUAUUGUAAAGUAAUUAUAAAUAGUACAUAUUAUUUUUAUACAUGGUACAAUAUAAUAUUUGAGAUAUUUUUAAUUUAUUACUUGUACCUACUUGUAUUUAGUCUUGCCUUGUGUUCUUAUUUUAAACUAUGAAAAAGUUUGAACUCAUUAAUUUUACUAUUAUCCUCUUAUUAAUUUUUUAGCAAUACAUUUUUUUUUAUUGAAUAGUCUGUGGUAAAGUAUUUUUAUAUAUAAAUAGUCGUAUCAAUUUUCCUUCAUCGGAGGCCGAUUUUCGUACCUGUUGGUAACUGGCACGAAUGAUCGCUCGACAUUGAUGCUAGAAUUAUUAAUGAAAAUGUAUAUCAAUAAAAAUGUUAUAAUCUGUAUAUCUCA